AAGAUGUCAGCUGAAACUGUCCCCCUCCCUUCCAUUACUGAUCCUUAUGAAUACCUUCAAAUCAGCCUCAACCCCGACGGCACAUUAACCCGUAGGCCUAACGCCUAUCCAAGAACUUCAGCCACACCACUUUCCAACAUCUCCACCGAAGUUCUCUCAAAGGACAUUCCGAUCAGCCCAGAAAAGAACACUUGGGCUCGGAUUUUCCUACCCAAACAAGCACUUGUUGAUCCCAUGUCAGCUAACAAGCUACCACUUUUAGUAUAUUUCCAUGGUGGAGGUUUCAUUCUCGGCAGUCCGGAUUUAACCAUGUUCCAUGAAUUUUGCUCCAACAUUGCUAGUGAACUCCCUGUUAUGGUUCUAUCGGCCACCUACCGCCUGUCCCCGGAGCAUCGGCUGCCGGCAGCAUACGAUGAUGGCAUGGAAGCUUUGCAUCGGAUCAAAACAAUCCAGGAUGAUUGGUUGAGAGAUUAUGCCGAUUACACAAAUUGUUACUUGAUGGGCUCUAGUGCAGGAGCUAACCUGGUAUACUAUGUGGGGUUACGUGCAGCUCAAGAAAUUGAUAAUCUUUUUCCCUUGAAGAUCAAGGGGUUGAUAUUGCAUCAACCUUUCUUUGGUGGGGUCCAAAGGACUGAAUCAGAAUCGAGGUUAGUGAAUGAUCCUUUUUUUCCUCCAUGUGUUAGUGACUUAAUGUGGGAAUUAUCCUUGCCUAUUGGCGUUGACCGUGAUCAUAAGUAUUGCAAUCCAAUGGGAGGCGGUGGCAGCUUUACCAUUUUGGAGAAGAUCAAAAGGUUAGGAUGGAGGGUGUUGGUUACUGGAUGUGAUGGGGAUCAAUUGAUAGACCGUCAAAUUGAGUUGAUGAAGAUGAUGGAGGAGAAGGAAAUACAAGUGGUAGGUCGUUUUGGUGUAGGAGGUUUUCAUGGGUUUGAACUCGUUGAUUCCUCCAAAGCAAAGGCAUUGCAUGUUGUAUUAAAGAAUUUCAUGUUAUCUUCAAUGUAA